AUGUCCUGCUGCGGCGAGCCCAAAAACAAGCCAAGCCUCUACAACAACGGCGCCGGGCCUCAGAACACUGGGACGAUCACGACGCAGCCGGGGUCCCAACCCGCCCUCGAGAAACCGCUAUACUUCCAGCAGCCCAACAUCUCGCCUCCGCCGGCAGUGCAUGCGAACCACACGAAUUUCCACCAGCAGGCGGGCCAGUCAUGGAGCAACUCACCGUCACCGCCCCCGACGAACGACUUCGGUGCGAUGAAUACCGGUGGGGGCUUCGGGUCGCCGCCGAUGCAGCCUUCGCUCGGGCACAGCUUCGGAUCGACGUUCAACGGCUCCAACUUCAACGUCGCGAAUGGUUUCUCGCCUGCGAACCAGCCACUCCUCCCGCCUCCUGCCACCCACACUCCUCAGCUGUCGAUUUCGUCACCGUUCAAUACAACAUCGAUACCCGUCAAUCAGCCAAGCGCACCGGUGCAGGAUGAGGGCAAGAUGUCCAUUUCUAUCGAUUUCGGAACGACCUUCUCAGGUGUUGCAUACGGUUCAUCACGUAUCGCUGGUGGCAGAGUACAACAAAUCCUCAUCUGGCCGGGUUCAUUCGAGACGUUCAGGAAGAUACCCACCUGCCUUCUUUACGAUGAACAAGGCUUAGUGUUGGCGUGGGGGUUGGAAGCAAAGAACGCGAGUCCAAUGCCAGGAACGACCCGAUGUGAAUGGUUCAAGCUGUUCUUAGAGCCUUCAGCACUCCGGGAUGAGUCUUCCAUCGACCCUCGUCUGCCCGCACUCCCCGAAAGAGGACCGAUAGACCUUAUCAUCGACUUCCUCUCCUGCCUGUGGGAAUACGCGAAGGACCAGAUUACGAGAGAUAUUGGAGCAGUGGCAGACCUAAACUCUGCUGAUGUAUGGCUGACGGUACCUGCGGCAUGGGAUGCAAGAGGGUGCGACAUCAUGAGAGAGGCAGCCAUCACCGCCGGGCUCGUUCAAAGUUCUCGAGCAGGGGAUAAUAGCUGGAGAGACCGACUACGAAUCAUCACUGAGCCUGAAGCGGCCGCCGUACACUGUGCCCAGCUAAACGAUCUGCAUCACCUCAAGCCCUCUCAAAAUUUCAUCGUGUGCGAUGCAGGAGGUGGUACUGUCGAUCUAGCUGUGUACAAGAUUAUCGGGCAGAUGGCGAACCUCGAGAUCGCCGAGAUGUGUGCACGCUCGGGAGCCAAUUGCGGCAGUCUUUUCCUAGACCUUCGAUUCCGCGAGCUCGUCAAGACCCUUCUCGCGGACCAUCCAACGCAUCUGGACCCUCCUUCCUUGGCGUAUUUCAUGCAUUCGUUCAGUGAGACGGACAAAUUGAAUUAUGCGGGCUAUCAUGAUGAUGAAAAUAUGUUCCACUUUACGUGUUUCAACGUUGACGACCCGCACGAUCCUUCUGUGGGCCUGAUCAAUGGCCAGCUCUCCAUCCCCGGAAAUCUGCUGCGGCGAGAGGUAUUCGACCCGGUCGUGAAUCAGGUUAUUCAACUUAUAGAGGAACAAAUCUCACAAGUCGACCAGCCAAUACAUGCGCUCCUUCUCGUGGGAGGCUUUGCAGGGAGUGAAUACCUGAAGCAACGGGUGCAGGACCAAUUCGGCGCUCGGAUCCGGGUCAUCGCUCGUCCUCCUGACGCUGACACCGCAACGCUCCGAGGCGCAGCGACCUAUGGACUGGCUCGACGACCGCUUGUGUCGAGUGUCAUCGCGCCGCGAUCAUAUUUGAUGAAGGUCAAACUGCCGGCUGAACAGGAAGAUUGGCUCAAACGUCCCGCAUAUAUCCGGAACAAUGACGCAGGAGUGCCGAUCUGUGAAAAUAGGCUGCAGUACCUCGUGUCGAAAGGAGCGAUCCUACGCAAAGGGCAACGUCUGACCACGAAGUUUUGCAAGUUUUCGCAGUCAGCACAAGACUCCUCUUUCGUCGCGACGCUGUACACGAGUGACUCGGAGAAAAUGAUGCGGUAUACUGACGAGGGGGAGACCACGGAGCUAUGCAAAUGGACCGUGGACCUGUCUUCCCUGCCAACGUUCCGCCAGAACGCCUCAUUACCUCAGAUGAGUGGGUUUUACACAGAAUUCGAACUCGGCCUUGAGCUCGACAGUGCGGAAGUCCGUGGAAUUCUCCUGUUUAACAAUCAGGAGUGGGGAAGGGUCACGUUCGAUUUCUUGAGUUAG